AUGUCUGACCCAGACAAAGACAAAAUCCCUGUGUCCGCAGCUGACGGAGCACCUGGACAAGGCAUACUAGACCAUCUUCCAGAACAGACUUAUCAUCCCCAGCCUUAUGAAACUGGCGAUGGCGAUGGCGCGAAAAAGAAUAAUUCAGAUAUUUUGAUUGUCGACUGGGACGGCCCAGAUGACCCUCACAAUCCUUUAAAUUGGACCUAUAGACGCAAAUGGGUCGCAACAUUAAUUAUAUCAGCCUUUACUUUCAUUAGCCCAGUUUCAUCCUCCAUGGUCGCACCCGCUACUGGUCAAGUGGCAACUGCCUUCGGCAUUACAAACAAUGUCGUACUUGCACUUACAACAUCCAUCUUUGUCCUUGCAUAUGCGGUCGGACCAUUUUUCCUGGGUCCAUUGAGUGAGAUUUACGGGCGCUCACGUGUCUUGCAAUUGUCAAAUCUAUGGUAUAUCGCAUGGAACGCUGGAUGUGGAUUUGCGCAGUCAGAAGCCCAGCUUCUCGCCUUCCGGUUUCUUGCCGGUCUCGGAGGCAGUGCGCCCUUGUCGAUCGGUGGCGGCUUUCUUGGGGACUGCUGGCGACCAGAAGAAAGAGGAAAAGCUGUUUCCAUCUACUCGUUAGCUCCCUUGUUGGGACCUGUUGUAGGACCUAUCACAGGCGCCUGGAUCGCUGAACGCUCAACCUGGAGAUGGGUGUUUUGGUCUACGUCCAUCGCAGCUUCAGCUAUUCAACUCCUUGGAUUUGUUUACCUUCAAGAGACUUACCCACCCCUCUUAUUGGAAAGGAAAGCAGAGCGGAUUCGCAAGAGGAUGGACACUGAAAAAUCCACGUACAAAGAAAUCCGCACCAUUUUCGAAGGCCAAAAUCGCUCCUGGCAGACCGUCUUGGGCAAAUCACUCAGUCGCCCAUUUGCACUUUUCGCCUGUGAGCCGAUCAUACAGCUCCUCGGCCUCUACAUGGCGUAUCUAUACGGGUUACUAUAUAUCCUUUUGACGACGAUGACAUCGAUCUUCCAAGGCGUAUACCAGGAGUCGGUCGGAAUAUCCGGUCUUCAUUACAUUGCACUUGGCCUAGGGUUGAUGAUAGCGUCCCAAUUAAAUUCGAACACUAUGGACAGGAUUUUCAUUUACUUCAAGACGAGGAACGGUGGAGUUGCGAAGCCAGAGUUCAGAUUACCUGCCAUGAUUCCCGGAUCUGUGAUACUUCCCAUAGGGUGCUUGAUCGUAGGGUGGACUACUCAAGCCCAUACUCAUUGGAUAGCUCCAGAUAUCGGUAUCGCGCUCGUAGGAGCAGGUAUCGUUCUGAAUUUCCAGUGUAUCCAGACCUACAUCGUCGAUUGCUUCACGCUUCAUGCCGCUUCAGCAAUGGCCGCUGUCUCCUUUUUGCGGUCAAUAGCAGGCUUUGGGUUCCCUUUGUUCGCUCCGUCGAUGUACAACGCACUCGGGUUCGGGAUGGGCGAUACUAUUUUGGCGAUUGUGGCGGUUGUCAUAGGAUGUCCUGCACCCUACAUAUUCUGGCGUUAUGGGGAGCGGAUACGGGGUGUCAGUCGAUAUGCACAGUGA